AUGGACCCACCAACCAACGUGGAAGUGACAGACGUGAAGGCGGACUCCAUAACCUUGACCUGGGUCAAUCCGGUUGAGCAACAAUAUCAGUUUCUAAUCAUUGAAUACAAAAUGAGACAGGAGAGUGAAUGGACCUCUGACACUGUGAAGAAGACAGAGGAGACAGGGAUUCUGUCAGGACUAAAGCUAGACACUGAAUAUGAAAUCAGAGUCACAGCUGUGGAUAAACUCGGGUAUGCCAGCAGUGAUGCUGUUUCUGCGGUAACUGCCAAAGCCGUCAUUAGUCCCCCAACCAAUGUGAAAGUAACACAAGUGAAGGCAAACUCCAUCACCUUGACCUGGUCAACCCCAGAACAAUGUGAAGAUCUGAAGCAGUACAUAAUUGAGUAUAAGGAGGAUCACAAUGACUGGCAAAGAAAAGAAACCAAAACAGAAAUGAACAUGUUUACUCUGAAGAACCUGCAGAUGAAUACCGCCUACUCCAUCAGGAUCUGCUCAGACACGGGAAAAGGAGUGAGCCUCCCUGGGGAAGAGAUAAUGAAUAAAACAGAGAAAGGUCCAUCCGACACAAACAGCUUCACCCCACUCUCAGGUACCCCACCUGUCUAUCUACUAAAUAUGAAACGAGCAGAAAGUCAGAUCAACAAAAUGAUUUUUGGAGAGGGGUCAUCCAGAAACUCAUCAAACAAAACCAUCAUGCUUGUUGGUGCCACUGGAUCUGGCAAAACAACCCUCAUCAAUGGCAUGAUCAACUAUGUACUGGGAGUUGACUGGGAGGACAACUGGAGAUUCAAACUGAUAGACGAAGACUUCAAUAAAUCACAAGCACAUAGUCAGACCUCAGAGGUGACAGCCUAUCAGAUUCACCACACAGAUGAAUUCCAAGUUCCGUACUCGCUCACAAUUAUUGACACCCCAGGAUUUGGGGACACCAAAGGAAUCAAACAAGACAAGGAGAUUUCAGAAACAAUUAGACAGUUUUUCACAGAUAACCAUAGUAUCGAUUCAAUUGAUGCAGUGUGUUUUGUAGUGCAGUCUGCUUUAGCUCGUCUGACGCACACACAGCGGUACAUCUUUGAGGCAAUCCUCUCUGUGUUUGGAAAGAACAUCGCCAACAACAUCAUCACUCUGGUCACCUUUGCUGAUGGCAAAAGUCCUCCAGUACUGGAAGCCAUCAAAGAGGCCAGAAUCCCAUGUUCCUUACAAAAAGAUGGACUCCCUGUCCAUUUCAAGUUUAACAACUCUGUUCUUUUUGCCAACAACAAAGCCGGCAGUGGUACUGAUGACUUUGAUCACAUGUUCUGGAAAAUGGGAAAGGCCAGCAUGAACAAAUUCUUCACUCAGUUAGCUCAGAUGGAAACCCAGAGUCUGAUGCUAACAAAGCAAGUUCUCCAAGAGCGAAAACAGCUGGAGGCAACUGUUGAGGGAGUACAGCCACUCAUCCGUCGGGGUUUGUCAACCAUGGAGGAAAUACGAACCACACAAGCCAUACUGGACAAACACAAGACCCAAAUCGAGGAGAACAAGGACUUUGAGUAUGAAGUAGAGGUUGAGAAAUCUGAGAGGAUUAAUAUUCCACCAGGAAGUUUCAUCACCAACUGCCUUGCAUGCAACCACACCUGCCACUACCCCUGUGGUAUACCAAAUGAUGCGGAUAAAUCUGGUUGUGCUGCAAUUACAAAUGGAUACUGCAGAGUGUGUCCAGGGAGAUGUGUGUGGAGUGUUCAUUUCAAUAUGACCUACAGAUGGGAGAUAGAAUGUGUGACAGAGAAGAGGACAUACAAUGAGCUGAAAAGUAAAUAUGAGAAAGCAUUGGGAGAGAAGAUGAGUGCAGAGGAACUUGUGGCGAAGUUGGAAGAAGAAUACCACCAGGUACAGGGAAAGGUUGUAGAUAGGAUGGACACUCUAGCUAAAUGCCUGAAACGUCUGAAAGCCAUCGCUCUUCGAUCAGAUCCUUUAGCUAUUCCAGACUACAUUGACCUUAUGAUACAGUCAGAGGAACAGGAGGCCAGGCCUGGAUAUAAGCAGCGUAUCAUAGAGUUACAGGAAGUGAGGGAUGGAGCUGUUCUACUGCAGAUGGUGGCAGAGAAAAUUGCUCUCACUGGAGAAGAACAAUCAAAACUCCAGAAGUUGAGGGGAAUCGUAAAGGGGGCUGCUUUUGGGUUUCUCAAGAUGUUCAACUGA